AUGGAUGAUCUGACAAUGGAAGUUGAAGGCUGCUCUGCUGCAGGGUUGCCUUUCGGUCGAAACAAAAAGGGCAGUUCAUUCCAUCCCCAGGAAGAAGAGAUACAUCAGGAGCAACACGAUUGGCUGGGCAUCUUAAAACAUAUGGACCAGUACCAGUCCCAGCUGUGGCGCGAUGUAGAGGAUCGUGUGGGGGAUUUAAAGUGUUUAGAACAUUCCUUUUCGAAACUUAUGCACGAUAAGGACGAAAAAUUACAACAAAAGGAACACGAAUUGGGCAAAUUAAGGAGAGAGAAUGAGAAACUGAAGUCCGAGAAUCACGACCUACGAAGGCAAUUAUCCAGCACUGUCCCAGUCAGUCAAAUUUCCGACACGACCAUCCAAGAUGAAGUGAUUUUAAUCUACCAAACCGUUUCGGACUUUGCAGAAGGAUUCCCCGAUGUUGCUAAUUUCCAAAUGUCUUUCGCAUAUGCUGCCUGGCGCCUGGGCAUUGAGAACAAGAUAUACUCCUCAUUCCACGAAUUCACACAAGCUUCGAGCGCAAAGCCAGAGCUCCUGGCAUACAUCACAUUUCGGUACCUAUGGAAAUAUUUGUUCAAAAGGUUGCUUGCUAUGGUUUCAACGGAUCAGAAUUUUCUCCGCCAUAUGCAAAACGAAACACGCAUCUCGGAAGCUACAUACGGCAUGUACACUUCCGCUGACUGGCAAGAUGAUCGCAACUAA